AUGUCCGCCACCGGCCGUGCCUAUCGCCAUUCCCUUCGACAGGCGCCCUCCCGUCCCGAGUUUAUCUGGAUCGGCGACGACCUGCUGUCUUCGACUUUUCGUCGUUUUGUGAACGGCCAGCAACGUCGUUACGAAAGCCGGGUUCCUGGUCCAUUGGAAGCUAGGAAGCGACUCGCAAGGCGUCGUAAUACGGCUUUAGCGACAUCUGGACAGCCCUUGGACAUUCCAGCUAAUGUAGCCAAUUUAUUCGGAGCUAAUGGCAGUGGACACGUGCGUCAAUGGGACGACUCAUCCUGGUCGCCUAGGUGGCCGGAACCGUUGGAAUUAUUUUCCUACUCCAAUCCCCCUCCUGCGCCACAAGUGCCAUCUUUUCUCGACAAUGCCGACGUAUGGAGCGAACCCCAAGUUCCUGACCUCCCCGCGUUCAACAUUCCUUUAGAGCGGGAAAAAAUAACUCAGAAAACGAAAAAGACCAAGGCAAAAACUCCAGACCCUCAAACGUUUGAAGCGUCAUUGGCUCGAUGCAGCACUGUCGAAGAUGUGCGAAAAGCUUUAGAAUGGCACCAAAUCGAUAUCCGAAAGGUCCCAGAACACAGUCGAUUGAUUCUCAACCACUUUUGCCAUGUGACUUUCCGUAUCGGCAAGGAUUCUAGGAUAUACGAUCUCAUAGAAUUCUUAAACGAUACAAGUCUGAAUGUGUCUGGAGUGGGGAAUUACCGGGCCCUAUUCAGCUACAUCGACGAUGCAGAAAUGCAUGUGGCUUACAGGGAAAUGCUUAUCGAUCAAACGACUACAGCCAUACAGCUCGGCCUUGUCCCAAUUGCAGAAGUCAAUGAGAUUAUCCAAUGCUUACCGCAAGUUGUCGAAACUCCCGAUCGCCCAUUCAAAUUCCAGCAAGUUGAGGAGCUUUCCUACUUAUAUUAUCGAAUCUGGGAAUCUCUGCGAGCAAGUAAAGUUUUUACAUUGUACGAAAUAUAUCACGAAAUUCUGGAUCCGUGGUUAGGACAACUGCUGGACCUAGACGAUGAACGAUAUUUGUGUCUGGCAAGGGAUAUCACGGCUGCAUAUUAUGCGUCCGUGCGAUCAUUCGCUGAUUCUAUCUCGGCCCGGGCUCUGAAGUUAUUGACCACAGGAAAGGCGCCAGUCGAUACCGAAUUUCUUGAAUCAUGGCUUGAUCGCUGUUUUGUACUUGGGGAUAGUCGUUCUUUACAGCUGGCAAACGAGGCGAUUAUUGCAUAUCAUUCGACUGAAAGGCGUCUUUCCGAAUUUGUCACGAACCAGCUAUUGAAGUUUCUGACUUUGCCUGGCGAACUCGCGGGUCACAAGCAGAAAACCGCCGAAGCUAUCCGAAGCCUAAUGCAACAACUUGAUGGAGAUCUCGCUACCCGUUAUAUUGUUUACAUUACCGAGAAGUUGGUGUUUUCCAUACCCGACGAUAGUCUUCGCAGUCGCACGCUUGUCAUUUGGAAACACUGCUUAAAAUAUAUGAACAACCAAACCGCGUUUUCUUUGCCGGUCUUGUCUGAAACCCCCAAGGCUGCCCAUUGGAAAGGAUCUCCUGGGUUGAGAAUCGCUCUUCGCCUUUGGAUCUGGAGUGCGCUGAGAUCUCCAAUUGACCCAGCGACAGCUAAUAACCCGCGUGUCGAACAAUUGAAACAGAACGAUAAAACUGCCAUAACGUUGUUGAAACUUUUUGAUGGAUUCACGACUGUCACGAGAUCACCCUGGUGGAACAGGACCGAGAUUUUGCCAAGGCUGAUCUACAACUUGCAGAAGCUCAAUGUUCCUUGCAACGACACAUUAAUGAAAACCCAUGCGCUCCUGACCGGAAUACAGAUCACGCGCGGUGCGACACUGCACGCGUUCCGAAAAUUAGAAGAGGGAAAAAUCUCUCUAAAGGAUGCCGCCUUGCACAGAGACACAUUCAACGCCACAAAAGUGUACUUGCUUUCUUCAUAUCUUCCUUACAUCCAAGACGUGGAUAUCACCAGUCCGGAAUUUGUUGAAGCAAUGCUCCAGUCGAUUGAACAGGGCAGAGAAAGCAUCGAGGCCAUCUUUACCCUCAUGUCUUUCCACACGCCACUGAAAAUCGGAUUAGCCAUAGCCAACACCCCACAAGGGCGGUAUGGACAUCAACAAAAGCCUUACAAACGGCUCGUGCUGCGCAAUCAUCCAAAAAGGAAGGCCAAUGAGCCUAAACUUGCGCUCGACCCUCAAGCCUGCGUGGCCUUUGUUGAGCUAAUGGCUACUUGCAUCGCUACAUCUGAAAAGCUGACCCCAAGGGCGGCUUUUAAUUUGGUCACUCAUCUGUACGCAUUCACUAUACACCACUUUGGUCCUGUGCGACCGUCUCUGGUACGCGCCCUGUAUCAUUGUGGAGUGACUCGUUUCCGGCAGAACGGUCAAGGCGUAUCUCGCGUGCAAGAGGCUUAUAUCAUGGGUUUGGUGAGACGGUUCGAGGAUCCGCAAGCUGUGAAGGGGUUGAUGAAUGGAUCAUUUAUCAAGAUAGGUGAUCAUGGUGUAUAG